AUGGAUAAGGAAAACUGUACUAUGGUGACAGAGUUCAUUCUCCUUGGAUUAUCAGAUAUUCCUGAGCUGAGAAUCUUCCUCUUCCUACUCUUCCUGCUAAUCUAUGGAGUCACAGUGUUGGGAAACCUGGGCAUGAUUGCGGUGAUUCAGGUCAGCUCUCAGCUUCACACCCCCAUGUACUUUUUCCUCAGCCACUUGUCCUUUGUGGAUUUCUGCUACUCCACCAUCAUUGUGCCUAAGAUGCUGGACAAUAUGCUAAAGAAGGACAAAGCCAUUUCGUUUGUGGGGUGCACUGUACAAUUUUACUUGUUUUGCACAUGUUUGGUCACUGAGGUCAUCCUGCUGGCCGUGAUGGCCUAUGACCGCUUUGUGGCCAUCUGCAAGCCCCUGCUCUACAUGGUCAUCAUGUCCCAGAAGCUCUGUGUGGAGCUGGUGUCUGGCUGCUAUCUGUGCGGAACAGUGUGUUCUCUGAUUCACACGUGUUUAACUCUGGAGAUCCUGUCCUAUCGAUCCAAUGUGGUUAACCACUUCUUCUGUGAUAUAUCUCCUCUCUUAUCUCUUGCUUGUUCUGAUGUCUCUGUGAAUGAACUGCUGCUGUACAUUCUGGCCACUUUCAAUGAGAUCAGUACCAUCGUGGUCAUCCUCACCUCCUACCUGUUCAUUCUCAUCACCAUCCUGAGGAUGCGCUCUGCAGAGGGAAGGCGCAAAGCCUUUUCCACCUGUGCCUCCCAUCUCACAGCCAUUGUUAUCUUCCAUGGAACAGUUCUUUUCAUUUAUUGCUGGCCCAACUCUGGCAACAGUGUAGACACAGAUAAGAUAGCCACAGUGUUCUACACUAUUGUGAUUCCCAUGCUGAACCCCCUGAUCUAUAGCCUGAGAAACAAGGAUGUAAAAGAAGCUAUCAGGAAAAAGAUGGACCCCAAAAUAUUUUCUAAGAGAACACUUUCUUAG